AUGGAGCGGCCCGGGAGCGGCGGCGCCGAGGGGGCCUGGGCCGCGCUGCUGGGCCGGCAGCACCAGCAGGCCCGGGAGUACUGCCCGGGGGUGAACAACCAGCCCUACGUCUGCGAGACCGGGCACUGCUGCGGGGAGACCGGCUGCUGCACCUACUACUAUGAGCUGUGGUGGUUCUGGCUCCUCUGGACCAUCCUCAUCCUCUUCAGCUGCUGCUGUGCCUACAGGCACCGCCGGGCCAAGCUGCGCCUGCAGCAGCAGCAGCGGCAGCGGGAGAUCAACCUCAUCGCCUACCACGGUGCCUGCAACUAUCCCACCUCCAUGAUGGACCUCAGGAUGCUGGCUUCCUUCAAGCUGCCUGCCUACGAGGAGGUGGCCCACCGCCCCAGCACACCGCCGCCGCCCUACAGCUCCAUCCUGGCCCAGCUGAGCGGGCCCCGCAGCCGCCUGGGCUCCAGCAGCCUCACCCUCUCACCCAGCUCGGAGAACUACACCAGCUGCUCCUGCGAGUCGAGCUGCGCCACCUCCCCCAGCAGUACCUCCCUCUCGGUGCAGGUGACGGAUGAGACGGAGCGCAGCCGGGCCAGCACACCCAGCGAGGAGGGUGGCACCAGCAGCACUGGCACUGGCGCCAGCUGGGACCUCCCCCCUGAGGAGGCGCCGGCUCGUGGGGCCCCACACAAGCAUGCCCUCUUCUCUUCCACCGUGGACUUCUUUGAGGCCGACUGCCACCCCUGCUCCGACAUCGAGGAAGGCGAGGAAGAGGAAGGUGUUGCGGCCCAGGAAGAAGGCAGCAGUGGCGAGCAUUUCCGGCACCGCCGCCUGACGGGGGACUCGGGCAUUGAGGUGGGGCGCUGCCAGGAGGAGGAGGAGGGUGAGGGUGAGGGCACCCACCUCCUGGGCAAGGCUGGCCCUGCGCCCCCGCCGCGCUGUGGGCUGCCAGGCCAGGGGGGUGGUGAGGGGCCUGGCUCGCCCGCCCUGCCCGUCUGAGCCUGCACCCGCUGGCCGAGCCCUGCCCUCCCCGCUGCCUGCUAGCUUGCCUGGCCCCGUCCUGCUGCCUGCUCCCCUGCCUGUACCUGGGGUGGGGGGCAGGCGGCUGUGCCAAGGGCCCUGAGCCACGGCUGUGCCGUUCCAGCCUGUUCUGUCCCCCCAGCCUUGGAGCAGCUACGGGGGGCAUGGUGAGUGCACCCCCCUCCCCUGCUCAGAGGGCGUCCGGUGUGGGGCAGAGCGGGACAGGCAGCGCUUUGGCGGGGUGCUGCUUCAUCCCUCCCGCUCCUGGUGCUGCCCCACAGCAACGUGCCCGCUGCCAGGGGCUCAGGGCAGCGUGCCCAGGGUCUGGACUCUUGCCACGGAGCCCCCAGGGGCCCAUCGCCUCGACAGACCCGCCCCUCUCCCCUGUGUCCCGUCAUGUCCAGUACCUCAUGUGGCACAGCCGGGCCCCGCGGCGGCCCCACUUUUGGUGUGGUCCCGCUGGAGCCCCCUCCCCUCUGAACUGCUUCCAGGGGCCACAGCUGCCGGGGCCCCGCAUCUGCCCCGUUCACCCCCUGCGCUGCCGGUGCUGCGGGCCCUAAGGCUGGGGCUGCUGCCCAUGGGGAAGCCGGGGGGGAUGUCCCCAUAUCUGCCGGGAGAUGGGCAGUUCACGUAGCGUUCUCUCACCAUUAAAGAGAUGUGGAAGUACA